AUGUCAAAUCUGACUGUUAAUUUUAAUGCCAAUAAGGAUCAGUUACCAAAAAAAGAUGCUGAUGGCCAACAACCAAUUCGACCCGGACAAAAUAUAAUGGCUCAAACAUAUGAUCCGAAUUACCAAACUUUAGCAGGUUUAAAUAAUGAUCAGGUAUUUGGUCUAAAUAAAGAUCCAAAUGCUCCAGCACCUAUUUUGCCUGGUCAAAAAGUAUUCGUCAAAACAACCGAUCCUAAUUAUCAGACACUGGCGGAUAUACAGAACGAAGUAGCCUUUGGUGCAGAUAAGAAACAGGACAUACUACAAAAUCGGCAAAAUAUCCAACAGCCAAUAUUUCCAUCUGCUCCACCUCCACCUCAGUCUCCACCUCCACCUCAACCGCAACCUCAACCGCAACCUCAACCUCAACCUCAAGCUCAACCUCAACCUCACUUGCAGUUGGAACGGAACAGAUGGAACACUUACUGA